AUGGGUGCUCAGGGCCCCGGCUGCGCUCCGCCUAUGCCCGAGGGAGGCUCAGAGGACCGAGGGCCGCGGUCCGCGGCGGGCCCGAAUCAGACACCUCCGGGGCCACGUGGCCCUGAGCCACGAACGGGAGUGGGCAGGGGGUGCGCCGACAGGGGGCGGGCCUGGAGAGGCCCAGGGCGGGAGGGCGCCGAGACCUCCGCGCCCCUCACCCCAACCCCAAGCCCAGGCAUGCACGCCCGACCGGCCGCUCGGGGUCCCGGAAACACUCCGGGCCCCCGGGCCGGGCCAGGUUUGCUGGCCAGGGUUACUGGUGUGCGGGGACGGGGAGGCUUCGGCCGGGCUGCCGGCCCUGGCCGGCGCACCCCGUGGAAAGGUGCGGCCGGCUGGCUCGACACGGCACAUCAGAGCGAAAAGGAGGCGCAGCGCAGGGUUUUUAAAGGUGCCUGGCGGCAACCGCCUCCAUCUAAGAUCAUACCACCCUGA